GCAAGUGAAACGUACGCGCAGCAGCCACCACAGCGGCAACACACAAAGUAAUACGCGCGACACUUUUCCACAUUUUCCCAUUUCCACUGAAUUCUAAGAAAAUGUGGAAAAAAACUUGAAGCAGAAACUCAGAGUCGGAAUAUUUUCUACGGUUGGUGAUUUUUAAAAAUACAUUGGAACACGCGAGUGGCGUGAAGUGGUGGCUGUGCAAAACCAAAAGAAAAAAGCAAAGAUAAACACGAGGGAAAGAGCAACAAUGUGAAUUCUAUGGGUAGUUUAAAUAAAUACUGCAGCUGCACAAAUAUAAAUGACGUGACAAGUUAGACUGCAUACGCGUGCUCGCCUGCCUCUGCAUCUGCUGUUCGCUCGCAUCCACACCGCCGCGUCGCUCCACUUUCGCGCUGCCUUCGCACUAUACUAUAUUUAUAUUUGUUGUAUUUUGGUGUAUUUUUGCCGGCUCGUGCGUGCCGCUGUGCGCCAAUAUACGAAUGAGUUUUUAAUUUGUUAAGCUGUUGCGCCAGGAUUGCUAAGGAAUCGACCGGUGCGGCAAAGGGAAUUAUAUUUAUGUGUGCAACGUAUUACAAAAACAAAAGGAAGCAUAGGGAUUUGUGCAAGUGGUGUAAAUCGAUGCUUAAGUGCGCGUGUGCGUGUAUGUGCGUUUGUGUGAGUGCAUGAAAUUUCGAUAAAAACUAUGCGAAUGUAAGGCCUAUACGCGUGCACUGGAUUUGUGCAAGUGCAAUGCACUGACUGCCUCGCCGCAGGCAAGCGGCGCAAGCAACACUUGCAAAUUGCAAUUCGAAAAGUAUUUAUUGCCAAACGAGACUGUACAGUACAAUUAUUGUAGACCCUUAAGUGCAUUUCGAUUAAUUUAAAUGCGCCGGUAUGCAAAACAAACAAAAAAAUGAAAAAAAAUUGAAAUGAAAAUAAAAAUAAAAAAUGAAAUGCAACCAUUAAAGAAAUGCUAACAAAAAGUGAUCCUUAACAGGCGUGAGCGACCGAACGAGUACUGCUGAGUGGUGACAGUGACAGUCCACCAGAUACUCGACAAUCAUCGAUUGGGGCGCACACAAGUGAUUGAACGGCAGUUGCCCAGCACGAACGCGAGCGCCAAUGCACAGAGCUGCAAUAAAAAGUGUAAUUGAUAAUUGAUUGAAGUGUGGCAGCUAGCGCGACACUCGUGCAAUGCAGUGAAAUUGUAGAAAACAAAAAAAAAUUCCCCAAAAACAUUAAAAAAAGCCACAAGUUACAAAACAAUAAAGAAAAGUGAGAUAAUAAAGCAAGAUUUAGUAAACAAAUUGAAAUUUGUUAAAAUUCUUUUUCACCCCAAUUGGCGAAGCUCUGCUCAAACUAUUAUGCAGAAAUUUUGCUUUCCAACGUCGCUCACACGCCAAUGAAUAUUUCAAUGAGCAUUUCAAUGAAAAUAGCUGCAGCGGCGCGUUAAGUUAAAUAAGCAAACAAUAACUGCCAACUUAAAAAAUUCCUACAAUGCACAAAAAAAAUAUAUUUUAAAAAAUUUGCAAACUCGCGCACCGCCAACAAAUCCCAACACGUUUGUGAAUUAAGCAGGAGUGCGCAGCGUAAAUUGAGAAAGACGCGAGUAUACGCAGCAAAGGAAGUGAAUAAGAAAUAAGUUGAUUGAGUGUAGAAAGGAAAUAAAAAACCAAUUCACUGUGAAAGAAAAUAAUUGCAGCGGGUGUGAAAAGUCUUUUGCAGAGUUCACGGCUGGCCUUUGUGCCAAAUACGAAAUUAUGUCUUCUUAUCGCAGUAGUUAUACGCCAUGGAAAAGCAGUUUGGGCUCUUCAUACAAACCGAGCGGCUCUAGUGCGUACACUUCCCGCGAUGACAUUGGCAGCAGUCGCUAUUCCUCCUUGGCUUCGCCCAGCACAUAUCGUCCGUCCUUCUCCAGUGGCACUUAUCGCAUUAAACGCGAUCCACCUUCAAGCCUACAAACACCUUCGUACACUAGUCGCUACACGCCGAGUGUGCCAAGUCGUACGACCCCCGUAGUGGAUUCUUCCAUCGACAUAAACGGCUCGAAAUCUAGUCAGCUUAAACGUUACACAACAACUGCCACCGGUAGUAUCAGUAAGUAUGGCUCGUCACGCGAACCAAGUCCGGCUGCACUCGAAAUUACGAAUCGCAUGCGUAGUCGGGAACCAAGUCCAGUUUCCCGUGCGCUUCGUGGCAAAUCGCGUGAUCCAAGUCCGGUGGUCGAUAGUAGUUGCAAGAUAGGCUAUGGCGGGCUAAAUUCCUAUCGCAUGUCUACUCCGAAACCCGCCAGCACCACUAGCUAUAAUGCGCGCUAUGGCAGCGGCACAGCUAUUGGACGUGCGUCCACUGUCGCUCCUUCAAUACUACCAGACAAAUCUAUUUCGUAUUUAACGGCUAGUGAUUUUCACGCACGGUCUGCUAGUCGUGCGCGAGAGACCGCUGCGCGUAAGUCCAACGAGAAGGAACUCGAAGAGGAGGUGCCAGCAGAGCAGAAGAAGUUAGAAGAAAAGAGUGAAAGCGAAAGUAGCUCGGAGGAGGAAGAGCAAGAAACAUUUAUAUCAGUGUCGGUGGUAACCCGAGCUACGUCCCCAACGCCGCCUGGCAGUGCGACAACAGUGCAAAGAACACGACGCAUGGAUAUCGCAAAAACAAUUGAAAAGACUAUACUUCGCUCCACAAGCAAGCGAGCAACUUUGGAGAAAGAAAUUCAAUCUGAUCGCUUGGAUGAUUCGACAAGAUACUCGCGCUUCGGUCUGAACAGUCGCGUGCCGUCCUAUAGUCCGCAUUCGGAUAGUCGUUAUUCAUCUACGAAUUUACGAUACAGUUCCAGUCCGCUGUCAACUGUUUCAAAAUCCACUGCAUCAAGUGUUUCCACUUCUUCCAGUGCGGAGCCGAAGAAAGAGGUUACUGCUAGUGGUGGCAAAACUCCACGUGCAGCUGGCAAUGCCAAGUCUAAGCUGUCACCUCCAAAAGCUGUGCGCCUUAGCUCAAGGCAAUCUUCUGUUGAAAACCUCACUGCCAACACAAAUGCCAACAAACCACCCACUGCCCCAAAGGCUGAGUCGCCCACUAAGAGCAGCUCCAGCAGUGGACAUGCACCAACAAAAUUGCCAAACAAAGACUUCCGCAAAUCCGCCUUAAAUGUCGGUCCAACAGACCGUCCGCGUAAGUCGCGCACACCCAGCAGUGGCACGGACUCGGAUGCCGUGCAGCAUGCCCAAAAUGAUGUGGUGAAUGGUUCCGCACAAAGUAAGGAACGCUCGCCGAGUGCUGGCUCAGAGGCUAGCAAUGUGUCUACGACGUCAAGUAGACGCGGUGCGACAGGUGAAAAUAAAGCACGACCACGAUGCCAUGCCAAAAAAUCCUCAUCGUCAGCGUCAUCAUUGAGUCGUCACAAUAGUUGCAAUAAUUUGAAAAAUAAUUCACACAAAUUAUGCUCACCUUCAUCGUCUUCGACUUCAUCGUCCACCUCAGCUGGCGUGUCAUCAUCGAGCGGCGCGGAGAGCUCAGGGGAGCAAAAGAAGAUAAACAAAAAGCAUGGUAAGAAGAAGAAUCUCAACACCCACAACAAAAAUCACGCAGCCAACAAUUCGAGUGUGACAAAGUCUGCAGCAACUGGCACAGGUGAUUCUAAUGAUUUGACGUCGCAGCGAGCGGCAGAUGAAAAUAGCAAGGCAGCACAACCACCACCACUACUGAACGCUAAAGAGCCGCGCGCCACCCAGUUAGAGGCAGCAGCAGAGGCCGCUGAAUCAUCGCGCACAAAUUCAAGAUCGCCACUCACCUCUUUGCAAGAGAAAACCUCUAAUCGUUUGCAAAAGUUGUCGUCCGUGUCGAAUUUUUUUGUUGCUCGUCAAAGCGAUGCAAAUAGCGAACCAAUUUUCAUCGAAAGCUCUGAGAAUUCGGGGGGCGAUUCAGAGACGGGUCAGCUAAUUGGCAGCAGUCUUACGGCAGCAACCAAUUCGAAUACGUCGCGAAUAACUAACGCGACCACAACGACAACGACCUCGACUGAUCCUGCCAGUGUAGCAGCAGCUGAAGCAGAAUCAGCCACUACGAUAUCGAAACGAAACUGUUACAAUUCGAGCCUCGACAGUACAGAGAAUACAACUGCGAGGAGUUCCCGUAGUAUAACGAAAUAUAGUAACGAAUCGCAAGAUCAUAGUAGAUCUUCGGAAACAAAAUCAAGUAGUACAAAUUUCCCCAACGAAACAACGGUUACAGAAACGGCGCUAACCAGUGAACAAGGAAACGAUUCUUACACAACAACGGCUACUACAUCUGCAGAAGAACAGGAGGAAUCCAGCUGGUGGCAAGAUACGAGCCGACAGAUUAAUACGGCUUCUGCUUUGGGUUAUCAUCAAAAAGACGAUAUGCGUUUCAAACUGAGACACAUCGACUCCGGCGAAACUGGCUGGUGGUUACGCAACGACGAGGAUGACACUUUGGCAGAUGAUGAUUUGCGAACUCUUAAUCAGGAAGAGGAAGACCAUAGCGAGGCCACUACAAAUCCCACACAAUCGCUGACAAACAAUACGAGUACGCAUAGCCUGUGUGAUCAGCGCAACGCAUCGCAGACAAAGUACAGCUGGUGGACGAGUGACAAUAAUGAUGGGGACGAAGAUGAGAAAAGAGAAACAGCGAAUGCGCAAAAUGAAAAUAACCAAAAUGAAACGAACUGCAUGGCCUAUUAUAAAGCGAAUGGAGAAGGAAAGAAAAUUGCAAGGAGUCACUGCACCCCAGAAAAGCCCUGGUGGGGUGCCUCAAAUGAAAAUAGCAAGGGCGAUGAUAAUAGUAACGGGCGUCUAGAGAAAUCGAAUAGUUCGGGGAAGCAAAAUGGCACCAUUCAAUUGAAGAUUUGUCGAGUGGAAUCGGGCGAAAAGCCAUGGUGGUUGAGUGAGCCAGAUAAGGCACAAAAGGACUGUGAUGAAGAAGCGGUUGUCGAAGCAACUAUAAAAUUACCAACGAGAAAAAACAAUAAUGUUGAACGUUCCUCGAGCAGCAGCAAGGAUGUGAGCGAUGAGAAACGCUGGUGGAUGUCUGGACCAAUGAAAAAGCAAUUCACCGUACAACGUGUUGAGUCGGGCGAGCGUGCUUGGUGGCAACAAAAUGACGAAGAAGAAGUGAAGGACCAAUCUCCACAAAGGCAAAAGACAAAUCCGGAUCUCGCGCGUGCAAACUCUAAUGAAAAAGUUUGGUGGCAAAAUGACAAUGAAGAGAAUGAACCAGUCAAAACAUCUCGCGUUCGGGCGCUGCGUAGUGAUUCAGGUGAGAAAGAUUGGUGGCUUCAAGGCAACGAAGGGGAAGACAAAAUACAAAAUGGAGCUGCUAAUCAUUUGAGGAGUGAAGAGUGGAAUGGCGAGGCGUCAGAUGCAGAAAGAGGAGUAGAUCGCACCGACACAGAAGUGCAGCAUAUCAACGGUCACGUAGCUGGCGCGCAACAACAAAAUUUUGGCACCGAGCUAAGUAAUUCGUUCAAUUUCGAAUAUUCAGAACGGCCACCACCAUUGGGACAAUGCGCCAGCCCCGUCGCCCUUGAGCGAGAAUCGCCACCACAGCCACCGCACCCACCAGUGCGCAACCUAAAUCAAUGCAAAUCCCCCUACGAUAACAUUCCAAUGUCGAAAGUUCAAGUGAAUCAUUACUAUCAACCACAAUAUACUCAACCGCUGCCCACAGCACAGCCAUUAACACCACAACCACCUUACUACCAGCAGCCACAACAACAACAACAGCAACAUGCGCAACAAACAAAUGAUUAUUACACACCAUAUGGUAAUAAUAACAACAAUGCUGGCUACGUCAGACAAACGCUUGGUGAGAAGCUCUUCAUUUCACGCCAUCAGAACAUCGACGAGCUUUUGGGCGGUUCUUGUCGUCCAUUAAGCCCGCUCUUCUUAGACGGCAGCAGCGGCAACAGCUUUUCUACAGUGCCGGCGAAUCGCAACCUCUUCGUAGAGGAGAUCACACCCGAUCAAGUGCGCAUACACGAUAGCACAGCACAAAUGCCGGUAAUCCAACGCAUGGAGAGGGAUGAAUGGGAUAAUUAUGGAGGUGCAAGUGCCACCCUACCGACGGCGCAAUAUGAACAGCAACUGAUUGAUGAUGCAGCCAUACAGGUGUACAAAGAUGGUGACUAUGGCGCCUAUCUGGAUUUGGAAUCCUCCCUUGCUGAGCAGGCGGAAGAAAUUGAAGGUCUCAAUUCUAGUCGCAAAAACUCAUUGGUAGUACGAACACAACUGAGCGUGCGGGUACAUGCCAUUAUUGAGAAACUACUCUCCUCCGAAGGCAGCGAAUUGCGGCGUGCGCUCUUUUCGUUGAAGCAGGUUUUCCAGGAGGAUAAAGACCUGGUGCAUGCCUUUGUGGCAUUGGGCGGACUCAAUUGUCUCGUGCGUGUCGGUAAUGGAGCCGAUCAGAAUUAUCAAAAUUACAUCUUGCGUGCAUUGGGCCAGGUGAUGCUCUACGUGGAUGGCAUGAAUGGCGUGAUGAAACAUGAGCCCACAAUGCAAUGGCUGUACUCGUUGAUUGCUUCGAAUUAUCGCUCUGUGGUGAAAACGGCACUCAAGUUGUUGUUGGUGUUUGUGGAAUAUGCUGAAACGAAUUGCUAUGUCCUGGUGAAUGCCAUUCAUGCUGUGGACAAGUCACAGGGCACACUGCCAUGGUCGAAUCUGAUGAGACUUCUGAAGGACUACGACAACGCUGAUGCUGAGCUAGUCAUCUAUGCCACUUCGUUGAUCAACAAAACAUUGGCUGGUCUAAAUGAUCAGGACAGCUUUUACGAUGAGAGCGAUUUGCUGGAGCAGCAGGGCAUGGAAUCGGUAAUACAGCGCUAUAUGUCCAAGCCAGGCACAGAUCUGGAUCUACUAGAUCAGUUGCAGCUCUACGAGGCAGUAUUGAAAUUCGAGGAUGGCGAAGCGGAGGGCAUACGAUUGCCCGAGAACUCAUUGCGCAAGACGCAACGCCAUCGCCAAAGUACAGACACAGCGGAACGACGUAAGUCGCGACGUCACAGCACUGGCACCAGUCCGCAUGUGAACAAAGUGAUACCGUCACCAAAGAGAAUCACACCCACCCACGGGGUGCUUGACGAGGACAGCUCAGGUUCAACGAACUCCGCUGAGUACGCGAAUGGCGUUUUCAAUGGCGAGAAAGGUCGCGAUAGCGUCGGCGUCACACCCGGCUUGCGUAGAAGACGUGAACGUGCCGAACGGCAUAAAAGUUUUCUCAAGGAGCAGCAAGAGGCUGUGGCUAAUGGCAUUUUCGCAGCCUUGGAGCGACGUGAGGAAAUGGGACAAAUCGUUACCGCCAUUCCGGCCACGGUGAAAAUGGGCGAUAGUCCACCAGAAUCAUUAAGUUUAACUAAUGAAGCCACAGUUGGCAUAAACCAAAAUCAAAACCAAAACAAAAAUAGCAACAACAACAGCAACAACGGCAUUCAUGGCAAUCAUACCUCAAACAAUGCUAGCAGCAACAUCACCGCCAAUGCUACUAACAACAUCAAUCUCAUAAAUUCCAACUCCAACUCCAAUACCAACACCAAUACAAAAGUCAUCGGUACUACAACAACCAACAAUCUGUGCAACACAAAUAAUAGCAACAGUUUGCUGAGCCCCACCAGACAUUUGUUGGGCAGCAACACCAUUUCUAUUAUUAACAACAUCGCGCAUACGAGUCCAAUGAAUAACAAUAACAACAACAAUAACAGCAACAUAAAGUUGCAAAGUGCACCUGAGUUUUUGACCAAAAAGAAUUUACUUAUGGAACGUAACGCCACUGUGAUUAACGGCAUAAUGAAGAAUAUACAACGCGGCGGUGAUCAGUUGGAUAACAAUCACAACAACAACAACAACAACAAUAACGCAUAUAAAAAGUUCGAAAAUGACACCAAUCGGCUGAACAGCUUUUAUAGCCAGUUGAGUACACCAAAGAAUCAAAACCAGCAACAACAGCAACUGCAGCCACAUCAACAACAACAACAAGCGCCAAUCGCAACACAGCUGCAACACCAAAAUUCAAUUCAAAGUCCCACCAUCCAGACGGCACACAACGCCUUGGCUGCGGUGUUGAGUCCCAAAAAGACCCUUAAUGGCUUUGACUUCACGCAAUCGACGCCCAAAACUCCGCCCAACACUUACGAAUACAAUCUGAAGCAAAAUAUGACACCCCUAACAAGUCCCUCGCAUACAAUACCCGAAUCACCAGUGGCAAUGGAGUGCCUCUAUGACACGCCCACUACACCCAUCACUCCGAGUCGUGCGAGUCCCUUCACUCCAUCUACCCCCAGCAAAACACUAUCAUCACCGCAAACGCCAUUUUCGAGCGACUUCACACCAGAAACUCCGUUGUCGCCCGUUGUCAACGCGCCCCAGCCGAAGUUUAAUGCGCGCGUAGCACCGCCACCACCUCCUCCACCACCGCCACCACCCGAUUUGCUGGGCCACUAUUUUAUGAUGCCCCCAACGCAAUAUCGUCUGCCUUCGCCACCCCUCGCCACAACAGCGGCAAGAGGGAUUGAGACUUCGACUGACCUGAUUUCCGCCAACUCGGGUGAGGUAUUAACCAUAACGGAAUCUGACAAUGAGGACAAGAAAUUGCUGCAGCAGCUGAAACGCGAUCAUACAGUGAAGGAUCUGACGCAGAAACUGAGCAACAUGCCAAUGAGUCCCACGCAUGAGGAGAAGUUGCAAAAUCGCAUUGUCGGCGACAUGUCGGGUCUCAUAUCCAAAGCCAAAGAGGGGCUUGCCAAGAGCAAAAGUAAAGGCGAAAUGUCGCGUUCGUCUAGCUUGGAUCAGGACAUCAAAAAAGUAGAACCAAAAAAAUCCGAAAAUGAGUUGCACUGGGAAGAGCUGGUACGCAAUAUGAUACGCCCGCUCAAUCUUUGUGAUCUAGACUUUACCGAUUUGAAUUCGGAAGACGAGAAGGACGUACUGGCGCCACGUGGUCUUGGCGCUGGUGUUCCACCACCACCACCACCGUUCGGCGGUGGCAUACCGCCACCGAUGAUGCCACCUGCACACAUUGUAUGCCCACCGCCCAUGAACAGCUUCGGAGGCAUGGCACCACCGCCAAUGUUUAGCUACAGUGGCUACGGCAGCAUGACGAACAGCGCCAAUAGCUCCAUGAAUGGUUCCAUGAACGGCGAUGUAAGCAAUACGAACACCAUCAAGAAGAAUAAGAAAACGGUGAAACUAUUUUGGAAGGAAGUGCGCGAAGAUAUGAUACCCGUUGUGAUUGGCAAAACAAUCUGGGAUGAGUUGCCGCAGGCAAAUGUGGACAUACAAAAACUAGAGCAUCUGUUCGAGUCCAGAGCCAAGGAUCUAAUGACUAAGAAACAACAAGAACUGAAUAAAAGCAAAGAGAUUAUCGUUUUGGACCAUAAACGUUCGAAUGCAAUAAAUAUUGCGAUGACAAAGCUACCUCCACCGCGUGCGAUUAAAGCGGCGAUACUGAAAAUGGACGCUACGGUGGUGACGCGCGAAGGCAUCGAUAAGCUGCUAAAUAUGUUGCCAACAGACGAAGAACGGGGCAAAAUACAAGAAGCACAGAUGGCCAACCCAGAACUACCUUUGGGUAGCGCCGAGCAAUUUCUACUCACAUUGGCCUCCAUAUCCGAACUAGGAGCGAGGUUAAAGCUGUGGGCAUUCCGCUUGGAUUUCGAUAAUAGUGAAAAAGAAAUUGCGGAGCCAUUGAUGGAUCUGAAACAAGGCAUCGAAAUUCUACGCAAUAAUCGCACCUUCAAAUGCAUUCUGUCGACGCUGCUGUCUGUUGGAAUAUUUUUGAAUGGCGCACCAGUCAAGGGUUUCCAGAUCGAAUAUUUGUCCAAGGUACCUGAGGUCAAAGAUACCGUACAUAAGCAUUCACUGCUACACCAUUUGUGCCACAUGGUGAUGGAGUCGAGUCCGGACACGACGGACUUGUACUCGGAAAUCGGUCCAAUCACACGCGCUUCCAAAGCUGACUUUUCCGAUUUGGCCCACAAUUUGAACCAGUUGGAGACUGAGUGCAAGGCUUCGUGGGAUCGCCUCAAGUUGAUUGCCAAACACGAUUGUCCACCGCAACUAAAGCAGAAAUUGGUCGAUUUCUUGGCGGAUUGUGCGGAACGCAUUAUCAUCUUGCAAAUCGUGCAUCGCCGUGUGAUUAACAGAUAUCGCAAGUUCCUGCUGUGGCUGGGUGUGCCUCAGCACAGCGUUGUCGAAUCAAAGCCAAAUGAGUUCUGUCGCAUCUUGUCGGAAUUCGCGCUUGAAUACCGCACGACACGUGAGCGCGUGCAACAGCAGCUGGAGAAGAAGGCGAACCAUCGCGAACGCAAUAAGACGCGUGGCAAACUGAUUAUCGAUAUGGCCAAAUUCAAAACCAAAGAAGAUCGCGCCGAUGCGGAGUUGAAGGUCUUACUCGGCACGCCCAGUUCCGAUACAGCGGACGGCACAUUGACGUGGCGCCGCAGACGCGCCGAAAAUUUACGCUCACCCAUCGCACGCCAAAGCGAAGAGAACUUCACCGAUGGUGAUGACGAGAUUCUAGAGUCGUUAGUAAAGACUGCAACCAAAGCGCCGGGCACACGUACCACGCCGCGCGAACGCAAGCGCACACGCCAUGCUGAUCGCAAAUCAUUGAAGCGAUCGCGCACGCGGGAGGGAUUCACAGUGGAACGCGCACCAACGCCGUAGAAAGGUUGUGGCGUAACACCGUCAAAAUGGCCAAUUGUGCGUCGAACGCUUAAGAACGGCCUAACGGAGGAGGAGAAACAACACGUUGCGGCUUUAAUAAAAACCUAUUAGCGUUUUAAGUAGUCAUAUCCAUGUAGUUGUCGACAGACUGUAAUUUAGUCAUAGUCAGAAAGAAACCACUAUGAAACAGACUGAGAAGCUUGAAGAGAAGAUAAUGAAAAACAGGAACAGAACAAACAAAAACGUAAACCUAGAAGAUUUUUAUUGAUUUUAUUUCGGACGAUCUCAAGCGAUACCAGUGAGCAAACAGUGCAGCCGUGUGAGGAGAAAUGUAGUGCCUUAAAGAGAGCGAGAUGUGUAUGUUAAAACAACGAUAAGAGACAAUGAGCCGAAAGCUAUUUCGACUGUCGAGCGUUGAGCUUUGCAAUGAGGGUGAAAAAGAGUCAGCAAAUAAAUGUGAAACGAAAAAUUAAAUUCAAAUAACUGUAUAGCCUUCAAUAUAUAGACAUAUGCACACCUCUACUGAUGAAGUAAAGCGCACUUUUGUUGUAAAAUGAAGAAAGCUGGAAUACGAGAGCACAGCUGCCGUAUAUGGGGAAAGGGGAAGCAGUUAACGAAUCGUGCGAAACGCGUACUUUUUAUUUUUAUUUUUACUUUAGUUUUUUUAAAACACAUUAAAAUUAUGUAUUGUAGCCAAACAACGAUAUUUUAGUAACAGACAUUACGAGUAUAGACUUUAUUUCGUUUUUUUUUAAUAUUUUUGUAAAAUUAUGAAUUUCCUUUUAUCUUAAUAUAGAAACACAUAAGUAAUUAGUUAUUCUAAAUAUCUAAAUUUUGGGUUGAAUUAGCUUGAGAGCAAAACACCCAAUUUAUGUUUCUCUUUUUAAUUUUUUUAAUUAAAAUUUGGGUUGAUUAUUAAAUAAAGUAUUCAAACUCUUGUUAUAGCGCUUCAAUUCAAUAAAAUUACAUAUGUAUUGGACAUGCCUUAAAAGUUGUGGUGAAAAUUUACAAACUAAAACUGCGUAAAAUAAGUAAUACAAAAAUACGAAAACAAAAAAAUAUAUUUAUAUAAAAAAAUGUGAAUUGAAAAAGUUUCAAAAACAAUAUUAUACAAUACGUGCUUUUAAUUUAUUAUUUUAUAUUAAGUGUAUUUCAAUUGUAAUUGUAACGGCAAUUUAAGU